AAGAAACCUGCUCAAAUCCAAUGGCGAGCCGCUUUGUAAAGCCACAGCUGCGUUCAGUUCAUUCAGAGCGAGCAUGAUGGACGACGAGCAGCAGGACAAUAUAGAGGAUGCUUCGCUGACAUUUUACAAUUUAUAAUGGCAAAAUAUAUUUAUAUAUUUCAUUGAGACUGUAUUUGUGUCUGAGUGUGAUGUAGCAGAGGCCGCAGUGCCUGGCUGGGAGUGUGUUGCUAGGCGGACAAGGGAAAAGCCUAUUUUACAGUUAUUAUAUAGUAAUAGGGAGUGUUGAAGCCUCACAUCGGGUGUUUCUUCCAGUACCGAAUCGUGGAUUUCUUACAUCUGGAGGAUGGAUGCAGAUGGAGGGGAUGGAGGCCUUGAGAUUAAAAUCAUUUCACCAGAACUUUAUGACUCGGCCCGGGCAAAAAUCGACGGCAACCUACGAUGGCUCUUCGCCAAAGCUUUUGGAGAAGAUCACGUCCCGGAUGAUUUGAGAGACCCAUUCUAUGUGGAUCAGUAUGGCGUUGAGCACAUUAAGCCACCAGUGCUGAAGCUGCUGCUCUCGGCUGAGCUCUAUUCGCGCGUGUGUGACUUUCUCUCGCUGGGCGAGCAGGCUACCACCUGCCACACACACUACUCGGUCCUGCAGACACUCGCCCGUCAGUCCAUCCAUGUCCUGGAGCCUGAUGGCACGCCUGUCACCCACCAUGACCUCAGCUCAGCCCCCAUCAGGAUGAGUUCCCACAUCCCUCUGAUUGAUGCUCUGAUGCUGGCCUGUACGAUGGAGAUGAUGAGCAUAGAGCAUGUGGUGUCAUGUCUUAAACGCUUCUCCACCUUUUCCCCCACUAAAGAGCUGCAGCGGCCCUUCCACAUGGAGGAGGCCAUGCUCUUCUGGAUCAACAAGGUGAUUUCAAGAACCAGGGAGAUUUGUGAGAAGGAGUUCAAGUUGAAACAACAAUUGAUGGACUCACCGUGUCAUCAAAAGUCUCCCUCCAAAUGGUACUGGAAGCUCGUGCCUGUACGUUACCGUAGAGACCACAUGUCCAGUCGUAUUGUCCCUCACCUGCCAUUGGUGGAUGAUCUGAUGAAAGACCUCUGUGAUGGUGCUGCCUUGCUGACCAUCAUCCAUUACUACUGCCCUGAAUACAUGAGGCUUGAAGAUAUCUGCUUGAAGGAAGUUUUGUCACUCUCUGAGAGUGCGUAUAAUAUUCAGCUCCUAAGUGAGUUUUCCAAUGAGUAUCUGAACCACUGUUUGUAUCUGCGUACUGAAGACUUGCUAUACGCUCCAGCAGUGUUAAAGCACAAUUUCAUGGUUUACAUAGCAGAACUGUUCUGGUGGUUCGAGGUGAUGAGACCAGACUUUGUGAAACCCAAAGAUCUUCAAGACAUGAAAGAUGUGAGAGUCUUGGCACAGGCAAAGAGCUCCCAUCCCCACAUGCCUGUUUCAAACUUCACAAAGCGUAGCUUCUUAAGCACCUCCCCGUCAGUGGACUCCUUAUCGACAGGCCCGGUUAAGGACAACUGUAUCAGGUAUUACCGGCCCCUGGAGGAAACUGCAUCUGUUACCAAAGCAAGCACCUCCUACUCGCUUCUUACAAUGAAACAAAGACAACAGAAUCCAGUCCAGGUGGAGGACACUGCUGAGUUCAGGAACAGGUCAAGUUCUCUCUCACGCAUGGACGGACAUAGUCCCGUAUCCCGGCUGGCCUGGAUGGAGAGAAGACAAAGACCAAUUUCUCAGUUGGAAAUGGAGUGGGAACGUGUGGGUGGUGACAACAUCAGUUUAGCGCGCUCCAUCAGCAAAGACAGUCUAGCUUCUAAUGUCAUCUCUGUAACGCCUCGUCACCAUGUCAACGUUCAGCCUUCCCAAGACCCAGUACACAGCAAUGACAGUGAGGAAAAGGAGGAGGAGCUUGUGGGCAUUAUAGGACCAAGAGAGAUGUGUGGGUUCAGAGAGCCUCAGCCAGAGAGCUUCUUCCUGGAGCCACUGCAGCCGGCUCUUUUACGACCUAAUAAGGAGAAAAUCACAGUGGUCAGUAAACGAGAAGAAAGUGGUGAGGAGCAAAUUCACAGAAGAAGAGGAGGACCCUCACCGAUUGACCGCACAGUUAUAAACCAAAGCUUCAUGACCAUUGACACUGUGGAACCAGAAAACAUAGAAUCUGGGCAAUCUGGUGGUUUCUUCCUACAUGCAAACUCUGAGCUUCCGAGACACGGAAAACACGAGUUGGUGAUUGGAGCGUCAGAAUCAGACAUAGAAGAUGAAGAAGAGGAUGAUGAUGAUAUAGAAGAGAAAGAGCUUGAAAGUACUUUGUUGUUUCCAGGUGAAAGGUUACAGUGCCCAAUUUACAGAAAAGAAGAAGAUGAGUCAGCAAAGUUGUGCGAGGAUGUGCAAGUGUGUGAACACGGAGACAAAGAUGGCACCAGUGGAUGCUGUAGCCCAUGUCCAAGCUCAGUUUCGCAAGCUAGCAGCACCUCUAGUCGCAUGACGAGCUUCGCAGAGCGAAGAUUGCACCGCACUAUGCAUGACGGUUACAGCAGUGCCAGCAGCUCACAUGCUACCACUCCGGAUGGCUCAGAAAAUGACACUUUGAGUCCUGACAUAAAAGGGAGCAUGGCAUCAGACAUUGUGCACCUGCGAUUGCAGCUAGAGGAUAAGCGACGUGCCAUUGAGGCUCAAAAGAAGAAGAUGGAGGUGCUGGCAGCACGGCAGAGGCUUCAGCUGGGCAAAGUUGCUUUCCUCAAUGUGGUUAAGAAGGGACACAGCGAAACACUGCCCCAUCACACCAAAAAGGAAUUAGCUGCAAUCAAAGAGAAAGUAUUGACAAAGGAUGAUGCAUGCAUAGAGGCGAUGAAGGCCAAGAGCAAGGAAACCGAGAAAAAUCUUGAUAAAGAGACAAGAAAACGAUGGAAUGAUUCAGUUUCACCUGCUGCCACUGCUGGAUUAAAUAGAGAUAAUCACAUGAGUGAAGGGGCAGUUGAGGAGGAAGUGGGCGAAGACUUAGACCUGAGUGAUUGUAGCCACUCAAUCGAGCUUUUGAAUGACGCAAUUGGUGUAAUCCAGCAGCAGAUGAUGCAGCUUUCUGUCCAGCAGGAGUUGCUCAUGAAACAAACCAUUAAGUCUCCAUCGCAGGAAUACAUGAUCAAGCCUAAAUCUCCUGAAGCAAAGCCCCGAGCCUCUGUCCAGUUUUUAGAGAUGUCUACUGCCACACGCCGACCUCCCAAGUUAAGUUCGUCCCGUAGCGCACAAACAAAACCUUUGGAACUUAGACUAAAGGAGAAUACCACACGUCCAAGUUCAAAAGUCAGUGCCCGGACACCUACUACUGAUUCCAGAACACCUACAGAAUGCAGGAUGCUCCGAGCAGGGAAUGACAAAGAGGAUGUUGCCAAGGCAACUGGGCGUACCCCUGGCAAAGCUGUGACACGAAAUACCACAUUCCUUCUCCAUGACUCUGGGAACCAAACGUCAGAGGUCCCAGAGUUGCCCAAACUAGAAUCUCCAGCAGUGGAAGAGCAAAGUGGUCCUGCAAAGGAGAUUGUUGUUCAGUCUGAAGAGAAGAAAGCCCAGCUGAUCGAGGUGGCCCUGUCGGACCUGGCUGAUGCCCCAGACUCUGACGAGCAAAAAUCAGGACUGGGUUUUUUCUUCAAGGACGAUCAGAAGGCUGCAGACGAGCUGGCUAAGAAGCGUGCUGCCUUUCUGCUGAAGCAACAGAAGAAGGCUGAGGAAGCACGACUUCGCAAGCAGCAGCUGGAGGCAGAGUCAGAGCUCAAGCGAGAUGAGGCCAGGCGUAAGGCAGAGGAGGAUCGCAUGCGUAAGGAGGAUGAAAAGGCCCGCAGAGAGCUCAUCAAGCAGGAAUAUCUGCGCAGAAAACAGGAGGAACUGAUGGAAGAACAGGGAGUGGCCAAGCCCCGCCCACACCGCAGGAGGCCCCGCCCCAAAUCACUCCAUCGUGGCCAAUCCGGGAGCAAUACCCCUGUAAGUUUAUGUGCUGCUCCAUCUGGCUCCUCUCUUUCUUUGGCGUCUGCUGCUACUGAAGCAGACAGUGUUGCCUCUGGAGGGGGUUCGCAGAGAGGUGAGUCAGUGGAGUCGUUUCCUAUGUUAAGCCGUAAUGCUAGCAGAAACAUGGAGAGAGACUGGGACAACGGUUCGACUGCUUCCUCCAUCGCCUCUACAGCAGAGUACAGUGGUCUGAAGUUGUUUAAGGAGCCCAGCGCUAAGUCCAAUAAGCUGAUCAUCCAGAAUGCCAUUGCCCACUGCUGUCUGGCUGGAAAGGUCAAUGAAGCCCAGAAGAAUGCUGUGUUAGAGGAAAUCGAGCGCUGUGAAGCCAAUCACCUGAUGAUCCUGUUCCGUGAUGGAGGCUGCCAGUUCCGGGCCCUUUAUGUGUUCUUGCCUGACACCGAAGAACUGACCAAGCUGUUGGGUACCGGCCCACGUGCCAUAACUCGCAAAAUGAUCGAAACGCUCUUCAAGUACAGCUCAGACCGCAAGCAGUUUACCGUCAUUCCGGCCAAGACGGUCUCGGCCAGUGUGGAUGCCAUCACCAUCCAUAAUCACCUGUGGCAGCUCAAACGAGCUCAAAGCUCCUCCAAGAGGAAAUGAAAAACGUGACACAUUUCUCUUGGCUCCUAAUUAAGCUUCCAUGGGCAUCUUGUACAAACUUCUGGCCUUGUGUCACGCCACUGUCAACGGCCCACCAGCUGCAUCACCACAUAUUUGCAGCUCAGGCGGCUCAGCAACUUUAAAAGGAAGUGGCGCGCUCGUUUCUUGCACACCUAUUAGCUCCGGAAUCGUGCUUCCUUAUUUGCUGUCUAUUAUAUAGCUAUUGUUCCACUCUUUGUUGUCAUACUUAGUGCAGCUGAUGGCCUGGGUGUUGUGCAUGUUGAGCGUGUAUGUGCAGGUGAGCCUCACUGUCGAGAUAAGAUUUAUCAACCAGAGCCGCGGAAUCUUGAUAUCACCGCGCUGCCUUGAUUUGCAUACAGAGUUCUUAACUCCAUCCUCACUGGUCACAUGACCCUCAAAAGAUGAGCACACCUGCCAUUGACGGAGUGGGGCAUGUAUCUGACGGACAGUGAUGCGAGUUAAUAUAAAAAGGAUGUGUUCUAUUUAGUUCAGUUGGAUUUUUUUUUUACAGCAGGUAUUUUCUGCAUGUGGCACUUUUUCAGUUUGGAAAAAGAGAUGGGUUCUACUGUAGUAUUAUUUCACUUUAAACAGUCACACACCUGCACACACACACUGUGUGUCUGUGUGUGUUGGGUUUUCUGUUACCUCUAUGCUGCUGAUUUUUUCCAUUAAUAAUGCUGACUAUAGCAAUGCACUAUGACCAGCGCUAUGUGCAAAACUGCAAACUGCAAAAGCACAUGAAAAGGGGUGUGUGUAAAUGAGGUGUGUAUAUGUGUGUGUUUUGGAGUAGUUAGUGAGGUUGGAUGCUGAAGUGGAGUCAGUACAGGCAUUUGUGGAUUACGUUAUUCACAGUUUGAAAGCUUUUAUCGUGGGACAGAAAUGUAUUUGUGUUCACAGUCUGAUUGUCCUCUGCUUCACCCCCUCCUCUAUUCAGGGUUGUCUUCUUUUUGGUGACCACUGACAGUAUUGAUGUACUUCUGCAAUUCUUUACUGAGCAACAUGAUUGUCAUGGGAACACUCUGGUUAUGUUGCGUGUGUGUGCGUGCGUGUGUGUGUGCGUGUGUGUGUGCGUGUGUGUGUGUGUGUGCGUGUGUGUGCAUGUGUGCAGUUUUUCUGUAAAAGCCUUUGCUUUACUUUUUCUUGUCUUUUUUCACAUAUUUAUUUUAAAGAAGAGCCCUUGAAAAUAAAUGAAUUAUUCAAGCAAUGUCAGUUGUGUAUAAACAUUGGUCUUGCUUUCAUGUUUUUCCAGUGGUCUGCACAAAGUUUCACGAAGACAGAAACUAUGGAUUUUACUCCAAACCCUUACAAAAUCAUUUUGUAUUUCUUCACUGUGUUCCCAGUGGCCUCACAUUGCCUAUAAAGUCCUGUAUUUUUGGGAACAGUGGAAAAAAUAUGGGUAAUUAAGAAUUCAUGGGGCUUAUAUGGUGCCAAUAUUUGUGAAAAUAAAUUUAGACCAGCCCAGGUCACAUCAACAAUCAUGCUAUGCACUACUGCCUCAUAAUUGGAUGAUCAGAUAAGUGCAUGAAUGAGUAGGUGUACAGCUGUUAAUAAUAAAGUGCUCAGUGAAAGUAUAUUCAGGAUCAUUUAAAGUAUCUGAUAACUGAUGUUGGAGCAGUACAAGAAAAAAUCUAAUCUUAGUGUAAGCAAAAGACAUUGAACAUUUUCAGUUCUAUACAGCUUACACAAAGUUUUAGAUCGGUCCUGGGAAAUGAGUUUGGAGCCCUACCCUUGUUCUUUGCUCCCAUGGAUAUCAAACAAUUGCAAACAACACGGUUUUAUUAAAAAUAAAUAAAUAGUUUACAUUCUUUGUUGAAUAUGUGCUCCACAAUUGUUGCCAUGCUUUUAGGCAUUAUUUUGUGCUAAACUAAUAGCUCUGAAGAACACAUGGCCAUUAAGGUCUGCAGACUGUAAUAAAUGUAAUAAAAUCAGAGAUUAAGUGCGGAUUAAUUCAAAUUUUACAAUGCACUGUCAGCUGUAUUUUUUCUGUUAUUAAUAGUAUCAAACUAUUGUUGCAACAGCCAUGUAUACAUCUCAGUUUUUAGGAUGUUUAUAUGUGAAUAAAAAC